AACACCCCAGCACCUAAUGAGGAACCUGGGGAAUCUUCAGCUUUGGUGGCCAGAAGUGAUGACAACAAGAAAAAACCUUGGUGUGAUCACUGCAAGAAACUGUGGCACACAAGGGAUACAUGCUGGAAACUCCAUGGAAAACCACCAGGAGCUGGGAAGAAGAAAGUAGAAAGGGCCCUACAAACUACUGUGACUGAGACUCAACAAGAGGCAGGAGUUGAACCUAAACAGCUACCAUUCACUCAGGAACAGAUAGAGUACCUACUCAGAUUCAUACCUACCCAGAAAAUCUCCAAUCCUGAAAACCCUACCUGUUCUUUUGCCCAGAAUGGUAAAAUAACAUCAUAUUUUUGUUCUGAAAAAACUAAAAACACCUGGGUCAUUGACUCAGGUGCAACAGACCACAUGACCUAUAUUCCAAAGUUUUUUUCUUCUUAUCAACCUUGUGCAGGAGAUAAAAAAGUUAGAGUUGCAGAUGGCUCUUUCUCAGCCAUAGCAGGGAUGGGAAAUAUUAAAAUUUCCUCGUCCAUUAACCUUUCCAAAGUCUUACAUGUUCCUAAACUUUCCUGCAAUCUUAUCUCUAUUAGCAAAAUUACUAAAGAUCUUCAGUGUUGUGUAAAAUUUUUUCCCUCUUAUUGCAUUUUUCAGGAUCUGGCAUCAGGGAAGAUGAUUGGCAGUGCUAGAGAGGAAGAUGGCCUCUAUACUUUUGAUGAAGGAACACAAUUGAAUAAACAAGGUCAAGAAAAAACUUGUUUGCAAACUGUUUUUCCUUGUAAUAAUGAAGUGUACCUAAUGCACUAUAGAUUAGGUCACCCGAGUUUUUCCUACUUGAAAAUGUUGUUUCCUAAGUUAUUUCUUAAUAAAAAUCCUUCAUCAUUUCAUUGUGAUAUGUGUGCACUUGCCAAACAUCAUAGGAGUUCUUACAUCCCUCAUAGUUACAAACCAACUAGUCCUUUCACUAUUGUACACAGUGAUAUCUGGGGUGCAUCUAGAGUUUCAACUCUGAAAGGAAAAAGGUGGUUUGUAACUAUCAUAGAUGAUCACACAAGGGUCACAUGGGUGUUUUUACUUAAAGAAAAAUCUGAGAUUGAAGAGGUGUUCAAACAAUUUUACUCAAUGAUCCAAACUCAAUUCAACACUAAUAUCAAAAUUGUGAGAAGUGAUAAUGGACUUGAGUAUUUUUCUAAGAAGUUAAAUACUUUUUUUUGCUGAAAAAGGGAUUGUUCAUCAAAGUUCCUGUGUAAAUACUCCUGCUCAGAAUGGAAUAGCUGAGAGGAAAAAUAGACAUUUACUUGAAGUUACUCGUGCAAUAAUGUUUUCUGCCAAAAUUCCAAAAUAUUUAUGGGGAGAAGCUGUUUUACAUGCUACCUAUCUAAUUAAUAGGAUGCCAUCAAAAACUCUAGGAUUCAAAACUCCUAUUGAUACUCUUCAAACUUGUUUUCCUGAAACUAGACUAAUUAACUCUCUUCCCAUAAAAAUUUUUGGGUGCACAGUUUUUAUUACCAAUCCUGACAGAACUGCAAGUAAAUUUGACCCUAAGGGAAAAAAAUGUGUUUUCUUAGGACUCUCUUCAACUCAGAAAGGCUAUAAAUGUUUUGACCCUAUAACAAAAAAGAUGUUUAUAACUAUGAACACUGUUUUUGUAGAAUAUCAACCUUUUUUUGGUACUCAUCUUCAGGGGGAGAUUCCUAAUGAAGAUGGUAAUAAUGUAUCACAUAUCCUUGAAAAACUAGAACCUCUUGACAUUAAUCUAGAUGCACAGUAUAAUAGACAGUUAGAUGCACUAGAAAAUAGUCAAGAGUCAAAAGAAAAUGAAAAACUUUUUUCUGAAACAAGGAAAGAUGAUGAACAGCAGAUAAGUAAGUUUUUUGGCAAGGUUUAUGAAAGGAAAGUUCCAAAUCACAGAAUAGAGGACAUCCCUGAUCCUGCCACUGUCAAUAAAUCCGACUCAAUGCCAGAAAAUGACAAAGGUAAUAAUUUCAGUGAUCUAAAUCUACCCAUUGCUCUCAGAAAAGAAAAAAGGUCAUGUGUUAAAUACCCUAUCUCAAACUAUCUGUCCUAUUCUCAGUUAUCUACAUCAUUUGCAGCUUUUACCUCUAGCCUUUCCAGUGUCUCUAUUCCCUUAACCAUACAGGAAGCCCUAUCUAUACCUGAGUGGAAGAAGGUUGUUUUAGAAGAAAUGAAUGCCCUUGAAAAGAAUCAGACAUGGCAGACUGUAGAGGUACCCAAAAAUAAACCAAGGGUUGGAUGCAAAUGGGUGUUUACUCCUAAAUUCAAGGCAGAUGGUACACUUGAAAGAUAUAAGGCCAGACUGGUUGCCAAAGGAUACACACAAACCUAUGGCAUAGAUUAUACAGAAACUUUUGCACCAGUUGCAAAAUUAAAUACUAUAAGGAUUCUACUAUCUCUAGCUUCUAACCUAGACUGGCCUCUUCAACAGUUAGAUGUGAAGAAUGCUUUCCUAAAUGGGAAGCUUGAAGAGGAAGUAUACAUGAGCCCUCCUCCUGGGUUUGAGGAACAAUAUGGCUCAAAGGUGUGCAAGCUAGAGAAAGCCUUAUAUGGGCUUAAACAGUCCCCAAGGGCUUGGUUUGAAAGGUUUACUCAGUUCAUAAAGAAGCAGGGAUUCAAACAAGCCCAAGCAGAUCAUACACUAUUCAUGAAAUUCUCCAUUAAGGGAGAAAUUGCAGUACUAAUUGUUUAUGUGGAUGAUAUAAUUCUUACAGGAAACUAUUGUGAAGAGAUUGAAGACCUGAAGAAGAAGCUUGCUCAGGAAUUUGAAAUCAAAGACCUGGGAGAAUUGAAGUAUUUUCUUGGCAUGGAGAUAGCCAGAUCAAAGAAGGGAAUUGUGGUAUCCCAAAGGAAGUAUGUACUAGACCUACUUCAUGAAACAGGUAUGAGUGCAUGCAGACCAAUAGAUACUCCAAUUGACCCUAAUCAGAAGUUAGGAAAUGUCAAGGAAGGAGUACCAGUUAAUAUUCACCAAUAUCAAAGAUUGGUGGGAAGGUUGAUUUAUCUGGCACAUACAAGGCCAGAUAUUGCCUUUGCAGUCAGUAUGGUUAGUAAGUUCAUGCAUAAUCCAUUCCAAGAACAUCUAGAUGCUACCUACAGGAUCCUAAGAUAUUUGAAAAGUUGUCCAGGGAAAGGAUUAUUUUUUAAAAGAAGUGACAAUAGAAGUGUAGAAGCCUUUACAGAUGCAGAUUAUGCUGGGUCAAUAACUGAUAGAAGGUCUACAUCUGGAUAUUGUACUUAUGUAUGGGGGAAUCUGGUGACUUGGAGAAGUAAGAAGCAGAAUGUUGUUGCCAGAAGUAGUGCAGAAUCUGAAUUUAGAUCUAUGGCUAAUGGAAUCUGUGAGCUACUUUGGAUCAAGAGAAUGAUGACAGAGUUGAAUAUGGAAAUGAACCUACCUAUGAAAUUAUAUUGUGACAAUAAAGCAACCAUUAAUAUUGCUCACAAUCCUGUGCUACAUGAUCGUACUAAACACAUUGAGGUGGACAGGCAUUUUAUCAAAG